CCUUCCAAAGAUUUGUGCGGCUAGGAACCUCCUGCUCCCCCAACUGAAUGAACGGCUAAUUAGUUUAUGAAAUCGUGGAACAGGGACUGCGGGGAAAGGAGCGACGAUCACUGGGGGAGAAGAGGUCUACAGUGGGGAGGAUCUAGUGGUAGAGGGCAUAGCUCAUGGUGGGAGAAGGAAUGGGAACCGCAGAGGGCAUUACUCCCUUCCCCACGGGCAGCCCCAGGCAGCGUGGAUCCCCUGGGAUAUUUGUGUGGGGGGCGGUGUUUGAAGUCUCGUGGUUUUUUGGGGAGGAAAGACCAGCUCCCGCGGGUGCCGCCUUGAGGCUCAUUCAUGUACACACUCCGAUCUGCCCAAAGUCGGGACCCCCUCGAGGCUCUGGAGUUUGGCAGGGCUGGAUGAGGUCCGGAAAGGACCUGGGUAGGGCAGGAGCUGACCCGGAGGGAAUAGCCGUGCCCGGAUGACAAGCUGUUGGCAGACUGCGAAUUUCGUUACCGAAUGAUGUGAUUUGCCCAUGGGGCUGCUCUUGUUUCUGGGAGGGUUUGGCUGUGGCUGCCUGCUUCCCCUUUGGGAUCUUGUUUCCUGCCAAAACAUCCUGACUGGGGACAGGAAAAGAUACAAUUUUCACACGCCCUGGAAGGACCCAGGGGUCCUGCCUCACUGCUCCUAGGACCCAGACACCCCCCUAACCCCCCUCCCACUUCCCUCCCCGCCUCUGCUUUUUUCAAACCGUCCAGCCCCAUGAAAGGCAGCAGAAUCCCAGGCACGAUCCUGACUGAGUCUCAGGCUUCCCCUGCUCAUCCCUGGCAGCCUUAGACCCCUCUUGUUGGAGAAGACUUGGGCUAUCUCCUGAAACUUAGAGCCUUUGAUCUGAUCAGAGGUUAGGCACUCCUCAAACCCCAAAUCACUUUCCUGUUGACUUUUAUUUAAACACAUCCCCUUCUGUCUUGGGGAGAGGGGCAGGGAUCCUGCUUUACUUCCACCUUAGUUGGUGACUCCCUCACUGCAAUCCCUCCAGCCAAGUGAAAAGCCCUAGUUGCCACUUGGGCAGUCCUCUGUUUCAGGUUACCAAAAGCACGUUCUGAUCAGGCUAAAUAGGAAAUACUGACCAAAGAGAGGGCACUAGAAUUGGGAGGAGUUGAGGAAAGCUUCUUGCAGGAGGUGAGAUUCUAGUUUGGACUUUAGGGAAGCUGGGGAGGUCAUUGGUCUGAGCUGGGGAAGAGAGAGCAUUCUGCCUGCCCAUGGGGGACAGCCAGAGAAAAUGCCUGUGACCUGGGACACAGUGGUGGUGCUGGUGGUGGUGCUGCUGCUGUGGUUCCUGUUCAUGGAAGCACCAGGAGGCUAAUAUGGCCAGGUUCCAGAGUAUGUUUCAAGGAGAAAGGUGGAAGAGAGGAUAGGAGGGGGAUGGGUCCUAAAGGGCUUUGGAUGCCUGAGGGCAUUGGAGCUUUGAUCCUAGAAGAAAUGUGUGCUUUAAGUUAGCAGUGGGUCAAUGAGAUGCCCUGGGCCUGAGCAAAGUCACCUCAGGGGCUGAAAUGAGAGCAGGAAUAAAGGGAGACUAGGAAGACUCUCCCAUAGUGAGCUGCCCAGAAUCUAGCAGGAAGUCUUGGUCCUCAGAUUCCUUUGCUUUCUUUUUUGGAUGGGAAAUCUCUCAUUUUCCUUGCAGCUUACUCACCCUACCUUCCCUUGGAGCAGCAAUCUCACUGCCUUCUGGAGGUUACAGGUAGGUCCGAUCCCAGCUGCCCUUCUACCAACCUCCACCUAUUGACUUCUGUUGGCUCUCCUUGUCAUCAGGUCUCCUUCUCUUCAUCUAACCUACCUUCAUCUCUUUUCUUUUUUCAUUUUUGUCAUGUCUACAGUCCCCCUCCACAGAUUUACCAUUAGGUCACACUUUUCAGACCUACAGAUUUUGCCCAAUGUAAGGGUUAAAAAUUAAGGUUGGACUAAACAUAUGAGUGUGGUCCAAAUUAAUAUAUCUUAAGUCAAAAUGACUUUUAGAGCAGUUUAUUUAUAGAGGGAAAGAGUGAAAGUAGAGAAAUGAGAAAGAGGGUAGUAUAAGAAAUGUGACUUAACCAGCUAGAUACCUGCUCAGGUGCCUGGCAUUGCUCUGGCAGGGCUCCCAAGGCCCAGCAGGAGGGCCCAGAGGUAAGACCCCUGAGAAGGAGGCCUAUCUGGUGUUAAUCUCUCAGGAAGUCAGGAAAGGAAGGUCAGCUUUUUCCACUCACCAAUUCAAAGUGAAGUACAGUCUCACCAAAUGAUCUUCCAUCAACAUUCAUAACCUCUAAAGAGCUUCAACAACUCCCUCACAGGAAGUUGCAACCUUAUCUUCCUCAUUCCCUGUGCCUUCCCCCUAGUUCACAGGGACCAGUUGUAAUUUUAGAAUUUUCUUAAGACUGCCCAGUGAGCAGUCAGUUGUUUCUGAGUUGUCAUCCACUUUAGCACUUGGGUUGCGGAUCUCCCCCCACUUAAGCAUAAAGUGGGGGUGUAUAAACUUCUGUUGAUUAAAUCUAAAAGUAGGCAGGGGAGAAUUAAUCCAUCUUCACACCAAAGGAUGCUGAGGCCUGUCUUUCAGCCUUCCCUUCAGGACCCAGGUGUCCUAUCUCCCUGGCAUAACUUCUGAUUAGGGAUUUCAUUGUCCUAUCUUCAUACCCAGUCCCCUGUAAACAUCCAUGAGUUCUUUCUUCCUCCUCCAAGGACCCAGUUUUGGAUGCAUGUGAAAGGGAAUUCUUUAUCCCUUUGUCUAUUUUGAGUUAAUCAAUCAAGAACUUAAAGUAGCCCUUCUUAACCCUUGGUAAGACUCUUAAGUGGAAGAGUUCACAAGUCACCAAAUUACUCUACAGACACAGUCUGUGCAGGGCCAGACAAAUUUGGGAGCUGUGAUUGGUUUCUGUGAAGGGGGAGAGACAGGAAGUGACAGGAAAAAGGACUUUAAAAGAUGAGACUGGGAAGAAUUUUCAACCAUUUUGCCCUGGUGGUUCAUGCUGAAGGAUGGCUUCUAGGACUUGUGCUCAUUCUGGGAUGGUGAGCCUGGCUGAAGGGAGAGUUGGAGGCAGUCACUUUUUUCCUGGACUUGUCCUUGACUGGAGCUUUCUGCACUGGAUUGGCUUGCUGGGUGAGUUACCAGAACCGAAGGAGGAGGCUUGCAUUGGUGGAUUUCUGGCUGGAGACCCCACCUGGACUUCCAUGUGGAGACCCGGAACUUGAGGGAGCCAUUGCUGGGGGCUGAGCUGGACUUCACCAGAGCAGCACGUAGAGAGGAAUCCUGGAGUCAGGGAGAAUGGCCUCUGAGAGUGACAGACUUACAGCCCAGGCCUAUGUGCUGUGACUUUUGAUGAUUUAGGAGGUGGUGACAUUCAAGGAUGUGGCUGUGGACUUCACCCGGGAGGAGUGGCACCUCUUGGCCCCUCCCCAGAAGGAGCUGUACAAGGAGGUGAUGCUGGAGAAUGCCUGGAACCUUCUGUCUGUGGGGCUUGCAGUUUCCAGAGAAGAUGUGAUCUCUUAUUUUGAGCAAAGGGAAGCAGCAUGGAUGCUAGAGGAAAUAGACCUGAGAAACUGCUGUCCAGAAGGAGAGAUGAGACCUGAAAUGAAGGAGACUCCAACAGAAGUGAGCCUCUCUGUAGAAGAAACAGACCAACAAAGAUAUAUGAAUGAUGGUCUCAAUAACUUAGCUUGGAGAGAAUUUGGUGUUGAAUCUCAAAAUUUGUCGCUUAUUGAACAUCAAAAAAUGCACACUGAGGAAAAAUCUAGUGUAUGUAAUCAGUGUAGAAAGACUUUUAUGUUCAGAGCCAGUCUUGCUGUACAUCAGAGAAUCCACACUGGGAAGAAGCCUUAUGAAUGCAAUCAGUGUGGAAAGACAUUCAGGGACAGCUCCAAUUUUGCUGUACAUUUUAGAGUCCACACUGGAGAGAAACCUUAUGAAUGCAAUCAGUGUGGAAAGAUAUUCAGUUGUAGCUCCCGUCUUGCUGUACAUCAGAGAAUCCACACUAGAGAGAAACCUUAUGAAUGCAAGCAAUGUGGAAAGACAUUCAGUCAAAGGUCCAGUCUUGCUUUACAUCAGCGAGUCCACACUGGGGAGAAACCAUAUGAAUGUAAGCAAUGUGGAAAGGCAUUCAGUCAGACCUCCAAACUUGCUUUACAUCGGAGAAUCCACACUGGGGAGAAACCUUAUGAAUGCAAUCAGUGUGGAAAGACAUUCAGGGACAGCUCCAAUUUUACUGUACAUCUAAGAGUCCACACUGGGGAGAAACCUUAUGAAUGCAAUCAGUGUGGAAAGACAUUCAGUUGUAGCUCCAGUCUUGCUGUACAUCAGAGAAUCCACACUGGGGAGAAACCUUAUGAAUGCAAUCAGUGUGGAAAGACAUUCAAUUGUAGUUCUAGUCUUGCUGUACAUCAGAGAAUCCACACUGGGGAGAAACCAUAUGAAUGCAAGCAAUGUGGAAAGACAUUCAUUCAGAGCUCCAGACUUGCUGUACAUCAGAGAAUCCACACUGGGGAGAAACCUUAUGAAUGCAAUCAGUGUGGAAAGACAUUCAAUCAGAGCUCUGGUCUUGCUGUACAUCAGAGAAUCCACACUGGGGAGAAACCUUAUGAAUGCAAUCAGUGUGGAAAGACAUUCCAUCAGAGGUCCAGGCUUGCUGUACAUCAGAGAAUCCACACUGGGGAGAAACCUUAUGAAUGCAAUCAGUGUGGAAAGAUAUUCAAUCAGCGGUCCAGUCUUGCUGUACAUCAGAGAAUCCAUGCUGUGAAGAAAACUUGAGUAAAUCAAUGUAGAAAAACAAUCACAAUGAAUUCUAGUCUUUCUCAUCAUCAGAGAAUCUACACUGGUAUGGGGAAUAUUUAUCACACCAAUGCAAAAUCUCCAAGCUAAUUAGGUUCAUUGAGAGGAGGCCAAACUCACAUUAAAACUGAACCAAGCUUUAGGAGAUAAUCUGUUUUAAAAGUCAGAUGACAUCCUGUCCCAAAAGACAGACUGAAUAUAGAAUUUUUUCACAUGGACAGCUUGUACAAGUCCUGAUGAUAUCCUGCCCAAAAAGGCAGAAAGAAUGCAGAAUUUUCAUAUGAACAGAUUGCACAAGUGCUGAAUAAGCUGGAAAGUAUAAAAAAUACUAUCAGUGGCAACUAUAUCUAUUAUUAUUACUGACCAUUUCAGUAAAGGGUUAGAAUUUAAUGUUUUUUCCACUGACAACUUCCAUUUAGAUGGAAGAAUAUAUAACUGACAUUUGCACCAGAGUAAGUUUGGACCCAAGGGCAGCCCUCUACCUCCGGUCUUAUGAUCUUACAACAGGGUUUGGUGGGGUUCUUUGGAACUUUUGGUUUUCAGACUUAAGGUCAAAAAGCUUGUCAGAAAGUUUUGAUACCAUCCUUGAACUGUAUUUUCUUAGCUAAUGUUUUGUUAUAAUUAAAAUGUUUGGGAGCAAGGGAAAUAUAUAUAUCAAUUAUGAUCACUAAAA